UUGAAAAUCGGGUCAAAUCCCUAUCCACCCAACCUCAACAAACCCACCGGCAAAAAGUUCCGCCACCACCACCUCCGCCAUGUCGGCCUCCCCAUCCCCGCCACCUUCACCCCCUCCGACGACAAUUUCCUCCUCACAAGCCCCUACCUCCGCCGCCUCAUCCACCACCUCACCACCGUCGCCGCCGAGGCCGAUCCCAGAUCCGAUCCCGCCCCGAGGUCCUCCAUAGAUUCCUUGCAGGAGGUCGCCAUCACCCCCGACAGCGACCUCACUGCCCUCUGCCCGGUGUGCAAGGAUCCCUUCGCUGUGGGCACGCUCGCGAAAAUGAUGCCGUGCAAGCAUGCAUAUCAUCCUGACUGCAUUGUCCCCUGGCUCGAGAUCAACAACUCUUGCCCCGUGUGUCGGUUUAAGCUACCGGCCGUGGAGGAUGGGAAGAACAAGGAGGGCGGCCAGGAGGCGGAGCCUGCGGGGCUUGAGGAGCUGGUGGAUGAUGAGGCGGAUUUGUUUGUUUUCCAGAACACGCUGAGACAUAUGGCCAGGAGAAACAGGUGGAAUGAGAACUUGGCGGAUGUUGGGGGAGGAAGUGAAGGGAAUCUGCUUUCCCCGACUCAGAUUGGGGAGGUGGAAAGGGAUGGACUCUUAGAGAGACAAAGCAGUGUGGAGACUGUGUCGAGCUGGCCCAGGUGGCACACGGAGGAGAGAGGUGGUGGAGGUGCGGGAGGAGAAGAAGACGGUGGUGCCUUUGGUAGGAGUAGUUGA